AUGAAGAUCCUAUGCUGGAAUUGUCGUGGGAUUGGAAAUCCUGCGACAAUUCACGAAUUAAAGCAAAUUCUUGUUGCAAAUGAUCCGGAGGUUAUUUUUCUAUGUGAGACAAAAGUGCAAACUAACAAAUUUCCCCAAAUUCGUAGCAAGUGUCGGAUGGAAGGUUGCCUGGCAGUCAAUGCUUGUGGUAAAAGUAGUGGGCUGGUUAUGAUGUGGAAGGAGGGAACUAAGGUUGAGAUCCAAAGCUACUCUUGUAAUCAUAUUUUAAUUCACGAUGAAAAUGAUAAACUUAUUCGAUUCACUAGAUUUUAUGGGAAUGCCGACCCUAACAAUAGGAAGAGCUCGUGGGAUAUGCUUAAGGGGGUGGGAAGAUCGGUGAAAGAAAAGUGGAUUAUUGGAGGCGAUUUCAAUGCCAUACUUGAUAACUCGAAAAAGGAAGGUGGUAGAAGGAAACCGCAGGCCCUGAUGGACGACUUCCGUGAGGUUAUUGAUGAGUUAUCACUGGUGGACUUGAAAACAGACAAUGGGUGGUUUACAUGGGUCAACAAUCGUAAGGGUAGCACGAUAGUCAAAGAAAGACUGGAUCUUUUUUUUGAUCUCGGCAAGUGUGUGCACAGCUUCCCGUUCAUCGAAACCAAAGUUAUUCGCCAGUCAAACUCGGACCAUGAUGCUAUUAUGCUUGAUACCAAGGGUCGAAAGCCUGGAGAGGAGAAGAAGGAUGGUAGACUAAUGUUUAGAUAUGAUAUAUGCUGGGCUAAAGAGACAGAAGCUAAAAAUAUCAUUAAAAAUGCUUGGAAGAUGGAUACGGAAGACAUUAUGGAUAAAAUAGAGAAGGUGGAACUUGGCAGUUUAAUAGGAACAAGAGGAUGA